CUCCUCUCCUCAAAAGUGUAGACGACACCACUUGCAAAAAACGUAUCAGACAUGUCUGCUCCCAUCGCCCUCCUCUCCGUCUACGACAAGACGGGCCUCCUCCCCUUCGCCAAGGAGCUCAAGGCCCUCGGCUUCCGUCUCCUCGGUUCGGGCGGCACUGCCAAGCUCAUCCGUGAGAACGGCAUCGAGAUUGAGGACGUCUCCUCGAUCACGAACGCGCCCGAGAUCCUCGGUGGCCGUGUCAAGACGCUCCACCCCGGCGUCCACGGCGGUAUCCUCGCUCGCGACAUCCCCUCGGACCUUGCCGACCUCAAGGACAAUGGCAUCAACAAGAUCACCCUCGUCGUCUGCAACCUCUACCCCUUCGUCCUCCAGACCUCCAAGCCCGACUGCACCCUCGCGGCCGCGAUCGAGGAGAUUGACAUUGGAGGCGUGACCCUCCUCCGUGCCGCGGCCAAGAACCACGCGCGCACGUCGAUCAUCUCGUCGCCCUCCGACUACGACGCCGUCAUUGCCGAGUGGAAGAAGUCGGGCGAGGUCUCUGCCGAGACCCGCCGCGGACUCGCCCUCAAGGCCUUCGAGGCCACCAAGAGCUACGACGAGGCCAUUGCCGACUACUUCCGCAAGCAGUACGCCUCGACCGACUCGGCUCCCGAGCUCAAGGCCGCCGCUGGUGUCGGAUACCAGCGCCUUCCCCUCCGCUACGGCGCCAACCCCCACCAGAAGCCUGCCCAGGCGUUUGUCGAGGACGGCGAGCUUCCCAUCAAGAUCCUCUCGGGAUCUCCCGGCUACAUCAACCUCCUCGACGCCCUCAACUCGUGGGCCCUUGUCAAGGAGCUCGCCGAGGGCCUCGGCCUCCCCGCCGCUGCUUCGUUCAAGCACGUCUCGCCCGCCGGUGCCGCCGUCGGUGUUCCCCUUUCCGAUGUUGAGGCCAAGGUCUUUGGUGUCGACGACCUGAAGGAGCUCUCGCCCCUCGCUGCCGCCUACGCCCGUGCCCGUGGCGCUGACCGCAUGUCGUCGUUCGGCGACUUCCUUGCCCUUUCGCACACUGUCGACGUUCCUACCGCCAAGAUCAUCUCGCGCGAGGUUUCGGACGGUGUCAUUGCCCCCGGCUACGAGCCCGAGGCCCUUGAGAUCCUCAAGAAGAAGAAGGCCGGCAAGUACUGCGUUCUCGAGAUGGACCCUGCCUACGUUCCCGCCGACAUUGAGACCCGCCAGGUCUACGGUGUCUCGCUCCAGCAGCGCCGCAAUGACGUCAAGAUUGACGCGUCGCUCUUCACCAACCUCGUCACCAAGAACAAGGACCUCCCCAAGAACGCCGUUACCGACCUGAUUGUCGCCACCCUUUCCCUCAAGUACACCCAGUCCAACUCGGUCUGCUACGCUCUCAACGGUGCCGUCAUUGGUCUCGGUGCCGGCCAGCAGUCGCGUAUCCACUGCACCCGUCUUGCCGGUGAGAAGGCCGACAACUGGUGGCUCCGUCACCACCCCCGCGUCCUCGCCCUUCCCUUCAAGAAGGGCACCAAGCGCGCCGACAAGUCGAACGCCAUCGACCUCUUUGUCACUGGUGAGGCCUUUGCCGCUUCUCCUUCAGAACGCGCCCAGUGGGCCUCUCUCUUCGAGGAGGUGCCCGAGCCCCUCACCGCCGAGGAGAAGGCCGCGCACUUUGCCAACUUCAAGGGUGUCUCGAUUGCCUCGGACGCCUUCUUCCCCUUCCCCGACAACGUGCACCGCGCCAAGCGUAGCGGUGUCCAGUACAUUGCCGCGCCCAGCGGAUCCAUCAUGGACGACGAGUGUGUCAAGGUCGCCGACGAGUACGGCCUCGUUUACGCCCACACCAACCUCCGCCUGUUCCACCACUAGACAACGACACCACCACGAGACAUGAGGAUGACGCGCAAGGGGCGGAUUAGAGAGAGAGAGAGACAGCUGUUUAAACGUAGUAGUCGCCAUAUGGAGCGCGUCUGUAGUGUGAUCAGUAAUGAGAUCUUCUGUUCAACCGGAUA